CAGAAUAUUUUUCUUGUGUUUAUACAAAAACAAAGUCGUCUUCUAAUAUUUUAAGGUAGAAGAAACUUCACAAAUUAUAAUGUAAAGUAACAAAAUAGAAAAUAAAGGAGUUUGUCUUUUGCUUCUUCUCUCUGAUCUCCAUUUUCUCCAAUAUCCUUAAGUUUAGAACCCUCUCCACUUCAAUAUGACCGACCUCUCUCUUCUAUCUCUCUCUCUUUCUCUCUGAAAACACCAAAAGUAGCUUUAAAUGCUCCGUUACAUAAUCUCUAUCUCUUUCCAAGAAUAUAGAGAAAGAAAAAUAAUAGUUAUAUAGAAGAAGAUUUAAGAAAAUAUCAUCCAGUGAUCAAAGCACCGUCAUCAUCGUAAGCUGGUGCCUCAGGAGAAGACCAACAUAAGAGAUCGAUCAUCAAUCUCUCUUCGAUCAUCAUCAAUCAUCAUCUUUCUGCUGUUACUAUCACACACGCUCAAACAUCAUCUGUAGACUUCGACCAUCAUCAUCAUCAUCAGAUGCAAGGUCAUCACCAGAAUAAUCAUCAACAGUUAUCAUCAGCCUCCGCCACGUCUUCUCAUGGAAACUUCAUGAACAAAGAUGGGUAUGAUCUUGGAGAGAUAGACCCAUCACUCUUCCUCUAUCUUGAUGGACAAGGACAUCAUGAUCCUCCAUCAACUGCUCCUUUACCUCAUCAUCACACAACCCAGAAUUUGGCGAUGAGACCUCCAACAUCGACGCUCAACAUCUUCCCAUCUCAGCCGAUGCACAUAGAGCCACCUCCUUCUUCCUCUUCUACGCCCAAUACCGAUAAUACAAGAUUGGUUCCGGCUGCUGCACCUAGUGGUUCGACUCGACCAUCUUCUGAGCCGUCCAUGGACUUGACCAAUCAUUCUCAGUUUCAACUCCCUCAGCCUUCUAAAUCCAUUAAGAAAGAAGGGAACCGCAAGGGUCCUGCCUCAUCGGAUCAUGACAUACCAAAAUCAUCAGACCCUAAGACAUUGAGAAGACUAGCACAGAACAGAGAAGCAGCAAGAAAAAGCAGACUGCGGAAAAAAGCUUAUGUUCAGCAACUCGAGUCAUGUAGGAUCAAGCUGACCCAACUAGAACAGGAGAUUCAACGGGCCAGAUCCCAAGGCGUAUUCUUUGGAGGGUCUCUUAUAGGAGGAGACCAACAGCAAGGUGGACUGCCCAUUGGCCAUGGCAACAUCAGCUCCGAAGCAGCGGUGUUUGAUAUGGAAUACACGAGGUGGCUGGAGGAGCAGCAGAGGCUGUUAACCGAAUUGAGGGUAGCGACACAAGAGCACUUGGCCGAGAACGAGCUAAGGAUGUUCGUGGACACUUGCUUAGCUCACUAUGACCAUUUGAUUAACCUCAAGGCCAUGGUCGCUAAAACCGAUGUGUUCCAUCUCAUCUCUGGCGCUUGGAAAACUCCAGCCGAGCGAUGCUUCUUGUGGAUGGGUGGCUUCCGCCCAUCUGAGAUCAUUAAGGUGAUUGUUAACCAGAUAGAACCAUUGACAGAGCAACAGAUAGUUGGGAUUUGUGGGCUGCAACAGUCCACACAAGAGGCCGAAGAGGCUCUCUCGCAAGGCCUUGAGGCAUUGAAUCAAUCGCUUUCCGAUAGUAUUGUAUCCGACUCUCUCUCGCCUGCCUCAGCACAACUUCCUCCGCAUUUAUCCAAUUUCAUGUCACAUAUGUCCUUAGCUCUCAACAAGCUCUCUGCUCUCGAGGGCUUCGUUCUUCAGGCGGAUAAUCUGAGGCACCAAACAGUGCAUAGGUUGAACCAAUUGUUGACGACUCGCCAAGAGGCACGGUGCAUUUUAGCCGUUGCGGAGUACUUCCACCGUCUUCAAGCUCUAAGUUCUCUCUGGCUUGCUCGUCCUCGCCAAGACGGAUGAUACAUUACCAAAACCACACAUGAUGGAAAAAAGAACAAAACAAGAGAAUAGGUUGAUUAGUUAGCCAGCUUGACCUCUUUAUAAUAUAUUAUUGUCUCUUGAUCUACUCAAAUACAGUACUUAAUUAGGAAAAAUUGUUUGGCUUCUUUUGUUAUAUGAAUGAUUCUUAAUAUAUGUUUUUAAUUAAGAUACAGAUGAUGAUAAUAGACAAGUUAAGUAGUGUGAUCCAUAUA